GAGCUCCUGGCCAAUCAGGAGCCGGAGGUCUGCCGCCGCGUCACCGCCUCGCGGCCGGUCCCACCGCUUAAGAGCAGCGCGCGUCCUCUGGACGGCGUGUUCCUCCUCAUCAGAGACCAGAACAAGAAGUCAUGGCGCGAACCAAGCAGACGGCGCGUAAGUCCACCGGAGGCAAAGCCCCCAGGAAGCAGCUGGCCACCAAGGCUGCCCGCAAGAGCGCCCCGGCCACCGGCGGCGUGAAGAAGCCUCACCGGUACCGGCCCGGUACCGUGGCUCUGCGGGAGAUCCGUCGCUACCAGAAGUCCACGGAGCUGCUGAUCCGCAAGCUGCCCUUCCAGCGGCUCGUGAGAGAGAUCGCUCAGGACUUCAAGACCGACCUGCGCUUCCAGAGCUCCGCCGUCAUGGCGCUGCAGGAGUCCAGCGAGGCGUACCUGGUCGGCCUGUUCGAGGACACCAACCUGUGCGCCAUCCACGCCAAGAGGGUCACCAUCAUGCCCAAAGACAUCCAGCUGGCCCGGCGCAUCCGCGGAGAGCGCGCUUAGCCCGUCCGCUGACCCGCCACCACAACGGCUCUUUUAAGAGCCACCUCACUGCCUGAAGAGAGCCUUCCUCUGCAACGCGUUGACCACACUCGUAUACUCUUACAAAGCCUAAAUAUUAUGAAAGCUACAUGACAACACGUCUUAUUUUAA